GAACUAAAAACAAAAAGUUUCCCGUGAUUAUUUUGUGUAUUUGUGAAUGAUUCUUAUUCUAAUUAAAAAAUAGCAAACGAAAAAAUCCGAAUAGAAACAUUAAUCAUUCGUGGAAAGAUUUUCUUGUCAAUUAUUUCUUGAAAUUUUUUCUUUGUUUUGUCAUUUUUGUUUUGUUUCUCCAGUGAUCAUAUUGCCUCGUGGAAUCGUUAUUUUUUUCCCCUUAUCAAAGUUGAAAAUCUGUAUUGUUUUUUUUCUGGUGAUCUUUCUGGUGUUUUCUUGAGAAUCAUCAUCAACAUUAUCAACAAAUCUUCAAACGAAAAACUUUUCUUCGUAGAAAACAAAAGAAAUUGUUUUUAUCAACAAGAAAUAAUUAUUCAAGAGAAAGAAUCCAUUCUUUUUUUUGCCAUAAAUCUUGUAUUGUCAUAACAUUUGGUCAAGAGAAAAAAAGAUGCCCGAAAAUCAGACAAUCAUUCAACAAUGUAACAAUUGUGAUUUAGAUAAUGAUAAUAAUUUAAAAAAUAAAUGCUGUAAUCGUUCAGAUACAAAUAAUAAUGAUAUUUUACCCAUGAAUAAUAAUGAUAAUAAAUGUUGCCGAAAUGGAAUGAUAAAAAAUUGUUGUUCAUUGAAUGGAAUGAAACAACAACAACAACAACAACAACAAUUUAAACCGGUAACACAUGUUAUUUUUGAUUUGGAUGGUUUAUUAAUUAAUAGUGAAGUUUGUUUUGCUAAUGCUAUACGUAUAUUAUUGAAACGUUUUGGUAUCAAUGAAUAUAGUAAAGAAUUACAAGAAAAAGUUCUUGGUAUGGAAGUUGCACGUGGUAUUGAGGAGAUAAUCAAACAAACAAAUUUACCAUUAACUGUUGAACAAUUUAUGGAAAUGGAAAGAGAAAUUUAUACAGAUGAAAUGUUAAAAGUAAAAUUAAUGCCCGGUGCUAAACGUUUAGUUGAACAUCUAAAAAAACAUAAUAUACCAAUGGCAAUUGCAACAGGUAGUACAAAUCAAUCGUUUGUAAUAAAAACACGUGCACAUCAAGAUCUAUUUGGUGAUGGAAAAUAUUUUCAUCAUAUUGUUUUUACACGUGAUGAUGAAGAAGUAAAAAAUCCAAAACCAGCACCAGAUGUUUAUUUGAUAACGGCAAGUCGUUUUCCUGACCGACCAAAACCCGAACAAUGUCUUGUAUUGGAAGAUUCAUCAAUCGGUGUUGAUGGUGCACGUGCAGCUGGUAUGCAAUGUGUUAUGGUACCUGAUCAACGUUUUGAAUGUAAACAACAGAAUGCAACUAUAAUAUUAAAAUCAUUGGAAGAUUUUCAACCAGAAUUAUUUGGAUUACCACCAUUUGAUGAUUAAUUGAAUUUUAAUGAACACAAUGAAUGCACGAUGUAAAUUAUUUUUUAUUAACAAACAAACAAACAAAAAAAUCUAGAUCUUUUAAA